UUGAUAUUCUACUCCUCCUCGAGCAUUUUUGGAAGUAUUUUACGAACUCUAAGUACCAUUGCGCGCCAACUUGGUCUUGAAGCACAGAAAGAAAUUUAAAAAUGGUGAUGCUCUGCUUCGUGUUGGAUCUUCGGAGCCUAUCGCCUCCAUUACUUGGAGACUUGAAGCAGUCCCUAUUGCAGCUUGCAAAUUUCUAUGCCGUUUCGGCUCAGAUUGGUGAGAGACCACGCUCUGACCACCUCAGCGAUCGGAUCGGCCUGUGCUAUGUCCGCAAGAAUCGAAUUUCUUGUUCUAAUGAAGUGAAGGUCGUUUACACACCAAGAGGAAACUUCAGUCUCCGCAAUUUCCACCAUGCCGUCAACAACUUACCUACCGAUGCUUUCUUGCCUGAAUUCAAUGGUAGCGGAGCUCUUUCUUGUUGUGAUAUGAAACUUACAAGCAUCCUAAGCAAUGAAUUCUUGUACUCAUGUGGUGGACAUGAGAAAGAUAUUGCAAGAAAAGUGAUACUGAUUAGCUCGUGUGUGGUUGAAAAUCUAGAUUCAGUCAUGAAAGAUACUCUCAUGGAUGCAGCAGACAACUAUGUUUCAGUUGAGUUUUUAUUGCUGGAGCAACAAUCAAGCCAUCUUGGCGAUUUAUCUGAAAAAAUCAGCAAUUUUGUGAAGCAAAUUUCUGAUCUUGAGAAUUGUUCAUUUCAUGCCUACCUGCCAGAUGCACAAGUAUUAUGUGGCCUGGUAAAACGAUGGCUACAGGAGUUGAAGGAUGACAUGGAUGAACCAUUACAGGCUCAUUUUGUCUUCAAGAGCAACUUUUUCUGCUCUCUAAACCUAAUAUCCUGCAAUUUGUCUGCAUCUUCCAAUCACAUAAUCGAUGAGUUCAGUUCCUGUCAGACAUGCAGGUGCCAUGGCAUCCCAUUAGAUAAUGCAUUUGGACAACAAACCAAGCGGUCUUCUUGUCCAAUUACAGGCAAUGAUCUGGAAACAUUUAGUUUGAUUGAAAAUUCUGUGAAGGUUGGAGAACAUACAAUUCUGUUUCUGCCCUCAUUCCAGAACUGUGUGAAGCUCCAACAUGUUUCUCUGCCAGUUGACCUGAAUGUUAUUGAAAGGACUAACUUAGGGUCCCUGAGUGAAGGGGUUAUUUUAGGGACUUCAUUUAUUGUAACUCCAUCAGCUUUUCAUGAAUCAGAUGACAUUGAUAAGUCAGAGCUAAACACUCAACUUUUUCAAGGGCUUUGCAGUGCACUACAUUCCCUUGACCAAGGUUUAGUUUGCUCUUCAAAGUGUAAUAUAGAAACUAUGAAGGAGUCUCUCUUUCACUGCUAUUAUAUUCUUCUUCCCUCAGAAAAGGGACCAAUGCUUCUCAGGAGACUUGCAGGAUCAGAAGAAAAUUUGCCUUUCCCGGAUGUUAGUCAAUUAGUGGGUUCUUCAGCAACAAUUGAGAUCGAAAACUCCAUUCGAACCUCUUUGCUGAAGAUGGAAGUAAGAGACUACAAUCCGUUCCUGCAUGAGAGAGGCUUCCAUCAAAAACUUAAUUUGCUCGUAAAGGAGAGCUUACAAUUUCGGUCAGUAUGUCCUAACUUGAAAGAAGUGAACUAUGAACCGAACUCAACCCAGCGUGAUUCUUCAGAAGAGGCCAAACCAUCAAAGCCAAAAGCAGAUGUCGUAGUCAUAGAAGAGGAAAUUCCACAAUUGGAUCUGACAAUGGGAGAAAACCGAUCCUCUACUUGUAUUACAGAAGAAUGGGAACAGCUGAUCAUCAGUGAAGCCCCCAAUAUAUACUCUCCUACUUGUAUUUCCAAACCAAAGUUGGAUCAACUUGUCCUAUCAUCCCAAGAUGGUAGCAGGCAACAACUGGAUGAGAAAACGUCGAGGAUAUUGGAGAGGUUAGAGGUCCCGAGAGAAUUGAAAAGAAAGACACCUCCUGCCAAAAGCAGUAUCACUGCAACCGCGUUUGCACCAACUAAGGCACCCCUCAUCCCAUUCCAGCCUGUUCAUGGUACAGACCAGGGUACAACAUCAAGUCAGCCAAUGAAACCCAAUUUCCCAAGGCUAAAAAGAAAGCAACGAUGAAAAAAGGCCGUCAUGAGGUUGGUGAAAUCUUCAUUUCCCUAAUGUUUGUUUUAGCUUUUUCUAGCAUUCCUGUGCUGUCAAUAAGGCUCAAAAUAUAAUGAGAAGCAUCAAAAUGUUACAUGCUGUACUGGAAUUCACUAUUCUUAUCCAGAAACAAUUCCUGUGCAUAUGAUUUUGGAGUUACUAUAUGCCUCUUGCAGAUUCACUAGUUUCUACUUUGUAAUACGGUUUUAAACUUGUGAAUGGUUGAACCUUUGGCAGAAAAUGGGUGGUAGCGGGGGGCAAAUUCAAGUCAGUUUGAAUUUUAGUUACUAUAUUUUAUAAUUUUUACUAUUUGCAUUAACUUCCAA